AUGUCUCGAAAAAGGAGACUUGACGACGGCGCAGAAGCAAAAGAUCGAGUAAGCGAUCUUUCGGACGACAUUCUGUAUCACAUCCUCUCGUCACUCGACGACACAAAACUCGUCGUCCAAACCAGCGUGCUCUCGAAGAGGUGGAGGUACCUGUGGAAAGACGUCGGCGUCCUCAAUCUCAACCAGAACUCCUUCUCCGCGAUCCAAGGUGGCAUAAAUUUCAUACGCAACUUUCUUCGCCUCCGGUCAGAACACGCAACCAUCGACAAGGUCAGCUUCACAUCCAAAUACACGAGAGCGGAAAACAGAGACGACAACAAACCGUUAGAGAUGGUCCUGGGUCACGCAGCUGGUCGAACAAAGCAUCGCGAAUCGUCCCUCGAGGCUCUCGAGCUGGUCGAUUGCUACCGGGUCGAUCUCGACUCGAUUUCGGGCUGCAGAAUGCUGACCACUCUGGAGCUGCGUGGCUGCGAGAGGAUGGUUUCUUCUCGCGGCCACGACAACGAUCCUUUUGCCAACAUCCCUCUUUUGAGAUGCUUGAAGUUACUCGAUUGCAGUUUGUCGUCGUCCUCGGAUCGUUUCAAAGUGUCUGGUCUCCGGUUGCUGAGACUGGAGAUUCGUUCUUCGAAAUGGUUUUCAGUCAGUCAAGUGUUGGCUCCGAAGCUCGAGUCGUUCUGCUUUACCACUCAUGUCAGUCGUACGGUAAAACUCCCCGAGUUGAACCUUCCGUCCCUAGAUCGCGCUACUGUGCUCAUGGUGUCCUAUCCAUAUGGGAAAAAAUCCCAAAGUACACACGUUCUUAAAAAAAAUUCUCAAAAUACAUGA